AUGUGUGCUUAUAGACAAACUCAUCGUUCUAAUCACACACGCAUUCAUUCUUCAUUCAAUUAUCGCAAUCAUCAACAACAACAACGUUAUAAUCAGCAUAAUCAUCAACAACAACAACGUUAUAAUCAGCGUAAUCAACAAAGACAUCAACAACAACGAGGCUAUAAUCCGCGCCCUGAUUAUCAGCCUUCUAGACGACAUAAUCACAAUGUUCAUAAUAAUCCACACGAAAAUUAUCAGUCCUCUGCUGAACCUGAAUACUCUCCAGGUAUACCAUCAAUUAGUCCGUACUCACAAAUUGAUGAUGUAUUUGGGACUCUACCAAUUGAGUUCAAUCGGAUUAGUGGAGAAUUGUUUCAUGAUGUCCACAACUUGUUUCAUCGAUUAAAUAGUGAGUUUCUUGCUCUAUAUGAUGAUGAUGAUGAUGAUGAUGAUGGUGGUGAUGGUGGUGAUGGUGGUGGUGUGUUGAAGUAUUUGAAAACAAGAACUCAUCAUGUUGUUGCUAAAGAUGAAAUCGAUACCAAAGUAGCUGAGGUAGAAUCAAAUAUUUGUUCUAUAUGCCUAUCUGUAUACGAAAACGAAGAGAAUAUUGGAGCGUUGCAAUGUGGACACGAAUAUCAUACAGAUUGCAUCAAACCAUGGCUGUUAAAGAAGAAUGAUUGUCCGCUGUGUAGAGGUUCAGUUUUGUAAACAUACAUAUUAAGACUC